CCGCUCCCCAUUAAGGAUUGGCACCUUUGGGGGGCGGGGAGCGGGUACCGGAAUUUGACAGGUACCCGCUCCCACUUCCGGUCCAAUCGCCUAGGCGAUCGGAAGGUGUCCUUCCUCCCUCCCUGUAGUCUUUUGGGACACGUGACAGGUCCCAGAAGACUACAGGACCAUUCAUGAAGCGGAGCGCUACUCGCGCAUGCAGAGCGGGUACCCGGCUGUGAAGCCACAAGCUAUCACAGCCGGGUGCCCACACUGAAGAUGCCGGCCUCCUGGAAUAAAGGAUGGCCGGUGAAACAAGCUGCAGGGGAAACACCACGGGACCGAGGGACA